AUGUCGGACAAAUCUCACGAUCAGCCGGAGGCGGUUCAUGAUGAGACUCCAGGGUCCCGGCAUGGCGAGCCCAUCGUCCACCACUCAGCCUUGCAUGAAUCCAAGCUUAUCAACUUGACGGACGAAGCCAGGCAAGGUGCAGAGAUGGAGAAGAACAUGUCCCUACGCCAAUCUUUACGCCUAUACCCCAAGGCAGUCUUUUGGUCUAUUGUCUUAUCGACUGCGCUGGUCAUGGAAGGCUACGACACUCUCCUGCUGGCCAACUUUUAUGGACUUCCAACCUUCGCCAAGAAGUAUGGUACCCUGGAUCCUGCAACAGGAAAAUACUCUGUAUCUGCCCCUUGGCGGUCCGGUUUAUCCAACGGCGCUGCUGUCGGUGAGAUUCUUGGUCUUUUCCUGACUGGCCUCGUGUCAGAGCGCAUCGGAUACCGCAAAACCAUUCUGGGAGCUCUCUUCAUGAUCACGGGUUUCAUUUUCAUCACCUUUUUUGCCGUGGAUGUCAAGAUGCUCUUGGUGGGCGAGAUUCUGUGCGGUCUUCCCUGGGGAGUGUUCCAGACGAUUACUACUGCAUAUGCGUCUGAGGUGUGCCCCGUCAGUCUGAGAGCCCAUCUGACCACGUACAAUAAUUUAUGUUGGGUCAUUGGGCACUUCAUUGCUUCGGGAGUCUUGCGAGGAAUGGUGGGCAACAACACGGCCCAGGCGUAUCGAAUUCCAUUCGGUGUGCAAUGGGCCUGGCCGCCCCUCCUGAUUGUCGGAGUCUACUUUGCACCCGAGUCACCCUGGUGGUUGGUCCGAAAAGGACGAUUGGAGGAAGCCAAACACUCACUCCUCCGACUUACGAGCGCCAACCACCCCGAUUUUGACGCUGACAAGACGAUUGCGAUGAUGGCGCAUACCAAUGAGAUUGAGAAGGAAAUUUCAUCGGGCACCCGUUACGUCGACUGCUUCAAGGGGGUCGAUCUUCGACGUACGGAAAUCUGCACGGCGGCCUGGGUUGCGCAAAGCAUCUGUGGAUCAGCCUUCAUCGGCUAUUCGACUACCUUUUAUGAACAGGCUGGUCUUCCCAUCGUCGACGCCUUUGACUUAUCUCUGGCACUCUAUGCUAUCGCAGCGGUGGGAACCAUGCUUUCCUGGUGGGUCAUGACUUUCUUUGGUCGACGAAAGAUCUACGUGCUGGGCUUGUCGACCAUGUGUGUCAUCCUCUUCAUCGUCGGUAUGCUCGGCAUUGCACCGAAGAGCAACAAGUCAGUCUCAUGGGCGGUCGGCUCCAUGCUGCUCGUUUUCGCCUUUGUUUACGAUUCAAGUGUCGGUCCUGUGUGUUAUUCCCUAGUCGCCGAAAUGUCAUCCACCCGACUCCGGGCCAAGACCAUCGUCAUCGCACGGAACUGUUACAACAUCGCCGGUCUGGUGGUGAAUGUAUUGAUCAACUACCAGUUGACCCCAACAGCCUGGAAUUGGGGCGCCAAAGCUGGCUUCUUCUGGAUGGGGACAUGCUUUUUGUGCCUCGUAUGGAGCUUUUUCCGGCUUCCCGAGCCCAAAGGCCGCAACUAUGCUGAACUUGACAUUCUCUUUGAGUCGCGUGUCUCGGCUCGUCACUUUGCACGCACGAAGGUUAAUCCAUAUCAGGUGGAGACGGUGUCUAUUGAAUCUGCGAAGCCCAAGAGCGAGCCUUUUCCGUGA